AUGGCUUCUUUUGCUUCCUUGACUGGUUCAAAUGACGGUGUGGUUCGGUGCGGGGAGGACUCGCAAUCUUAUGCUUUUGGAGAGUUGGCGAACGACGAUUCAGAUUAUGAAACUGAGAAGAAAAGUGGAGAUGGUGCCACGUGGGUGGAUUGGGAAGACCAGAUUUUGGAGGACACUGUGCCUCUUGUUGGCUUUGUGAGGAUGAUUCUUCAUUCUGGAAAGCUUGGUGUAGGUCUUCUUCUUGCGCUUCUUGGCACCACCGCAGAGGUGGAGGACGAGGUGGAGGGUGGAUUCCUUCUGGAUAUUGUAGUCGGCGAGUGUACGACAUCUUCAAGCUGUUUGCUGGCAAAUAUUAAAAGCUGCUGGUCCAGCGAGAUGCCCUCCUUGUCUUGGAUCUUAGCCACGAUGGUGUUGGAGGAUUCCACCUCCAGGGCUAUGGUUUUCCCUGUGAGGGUUUUCACGAAGAUCCGCAUCUUCGCAACUGUGGUUGUAGGGGGUUGA